ACCCAAUUUGCCGCAGAAAUUGAUAUCACUUGCUUUGAAAAGCCACGUGUCGAGGAUCUUGAUGUCAAAUAAAUCUGUCAGUCAUGGAUACGACGGACAGAGGACGGACGGACAUCACUCCACCAUUCAAAAUCACCUUCAUGAUAUUAUCGAAAACAAAAUACAAGUACCACCUCCCACCUCGUGAUGAACACAACAACAAGAAUAGCUAUCUAUCUAGCCAGCUAUACAGGUAUUCCCUGGGUUCCAGCAGUGGAUGAGUCAACACAGACGAGAAGGGAAGAAAAGGAAUAGGAAGUGACCAUGGCAGUGAAACAGAAAAGAUCCCCAAAAUCUCGGCGUCAAGAUGACCCCGAGAAACCCGACGAACAAAACGACGCAGUCAUGAAGGAUGCAGAAACAACAUCCGAAGAAAAGCCAUUACCGACACCAACCACCACUUCAGCAUCCAUGGACCUGACAGUACAUCGAUUGAGGCACUUGGAUUAUAUUCCGAGGCCGAUUGUUUGUGCUCGAGCCACGCCACCCUUAGAUGAUGACUCUGUGUCAUUUGUUGCACUGAGUCGAGAAAAUGGGAGCAUCGAAGUCAAGGCUCCAAACGAAAAGUUCCGAACGAUUACCGAAAUUGCCAGCUUGAAAGAAAAAAUCGUCAGCGUCAUGGCAUGGACCUGUGGAAUAUGCGGAGUCGACUCAUCAUCGACCAACGACAACAAAAAGAACGACAGCAGCGCGAAACAAGUCACCUGUAGACCCACCUUGGUGGGAGGAUCCAGUGAUGGUACACUCUUUGUGGUAGACUUCGAGUCGGGAGGGCUGCUGGGAACAACCGCCAGUGGAGGAGGCGGGGUUCUUGCCUUGGCUUCGCUCUGUGAAAGGCGAGCUGGCUCUUGUUGCAGAGGUGGCAGCGGUCGGCAAUGCGCUCAAUUGGUCGCUGCUGGCUGCGAAGAUGGAUCGGUACGGAUUUUUCAAGUUAUCAAACCUCGGCAACACAGUUCUACAAAAAGCAAGAAUCCAGCAAAGUUGGAGCUCGUCUCCGUCAUCCCCUCAGGAAGUGGAGCCUCGGUAUUGUCGGUUGCUUGGAUGAAGGCCGAAACCAAGUUCGUGCUUUUUGCUGGCGUUUCGGACGGUACCAUUCGACGAUUCGACUGUGAAGAUCGUCAACUUACCGCAUCUGAAAGCAAUCUACCGACUGCCUGGAAGUCUCGAUUGCGCAUGACGGUUGAAAGUCUAGGACGCAAUACCCCAACGCGAGUAUGGACAAUGCAAGUACUGGCCGAUUGCACUGUUAUCUCGGGGGAUUCUCUUGGCCACAUUCAGUUCUGGGACGGAAAUAGCGGAACAUUGCAAAAGUCAUUCGAACAAAAUGACAGCAACGCUGAUGUGCUGGACAUUGCUGUAACCUCAGACGAGUGCAAGGUUUUUGCUAGCGGCGUAGACCCUCGCGUAGUCUGUAUUGUGCGUACUGCGCACGAAAAUCGAAAGUGGAUAAUUUCACAAGUCCAAAGACCACAUACGCAUGAUGUCAAGGGAAUCACGAUCUGCAGACAGCGUUACAACGAAGGAGAGUCAAAAAGGACACCAAUGCCUCCACAGGGGACAACCUUCAAUGAAGUACUUUGUACUGGUGGUAUCGAUACCAAACUAUGUACCUAUUAUGUCGGUGAAUUCGGCAAGCGAAGGCCCACCAGCCUCUACCCAUGGCCAGCAUCACCCACCUUUGCGCAGGCAAAUAAAGCAAGAGUGCUCAUUAUGCGUCGGGAGGGAAAAAUCGAUCUCUACAAAUUGGAAGAGAGACCAACGCAGCAGCCGCCAGAAGACGCCUUUGCGGUUCCAGAAGACGAAACACUUAUCGGCUCGAUUCAGUUGGAGAGUGCCUGCAAUCUAGUUUGCGCCGAAAUUAGUGACGAUGGACAGUACUUGGCGACUGCUGAUGCCCUGUCUUUGUUCCUGUUCCGUAUCAAGUAUGUUAGUGAAGGUGAUCGAACAUCUAUGAUCCCAGAAAAGCUUUCGUUGAAUGCAAAAGUGAGAGGAUCUGUUGUGGCCAUGAAGUGGCUCGGAGAUGACAAGCUCGUCGCGGCCACGUCGGAGGGCUCGUUUCACUUCAUCAAGAUGCCUUCCAAGGAUGCAGAUUCAAGCACCAAGUGCUCUCAAACGAUGAUUGCGAAGCAAAAGACUACAAAGGUCCAGCAAAAGAAACCCUUGUUCCCUAUCCAUGCGAUUGCGAUCAGCAAAGACAAUAAAUGGUUGGCUGGUUUGCAGAGUGGCUUCGACUGCUGCCACAUUUGCGUAUUCUCACUGGAAGAUGGCAACACUUGCCAACCCUGGUGGUCUGUUCCUGACCUGGAGGCUCCGGUUACCGCGCUGAGAUUCCUUGAUGCGAGCGGUGGCCGCCCUACGCAAUUGGCUGUGUCCUGCUCGAAUUACGCAUUCUAUUGUUUUGAUAUUCUUGCCCGGCAGCUGUGUCCUUGGAGCGAAACAGCAGGAGUACCCGUCUCAAAACACCUGCCACCUGAGCUCUUGAAUCGCAACGAUUUCCCUGUUCGCCUUGCAUCCAAUCCAGCCUGCCCUGCGAAGGUCCUCUUGGGAUCAUUUGGCGCCUUUGCGGUUAUUGAUAUGGACCAAAAGAUUCCCAAGCGUUGUCGGCUGGCUCCGGUUGAUCACCACGUUAGAAAAUGGGGAAAGCGCAAGCGGUCGCUUUCCGGCGCUGAAAGCACCAAGGAAGGUCCGAAGAACUCAGAAGCUGGGACUGAGCCUGCGAUUCUAUGCCUCCGUUACAACAGCAUCCUGUGGCUUGAUUUCAUUGCAGAGAAUGAGAUGGUCAUAGUCGAGCAGCCUUGGCUCAAGGUCAUUUCGUCCUUCCCAGAAGCGAUGGAGCGAAAGAUAUUUGGCAGUUAA